CACUAUAUCUGUUUAUUUAUUGAGUUUGCCUAUACACACCGAACGUUUUUCCUCGUGAUGUACUCUGCUUACAUAUUCUGUUGUGCUGCAUAUGACAAUAAAACAUUCUUGACUCUUGCAUCUGCACAUCUCGUCUGCUGCCUGUUCCGCUGAGUUGCUCCAGCAAUGUUUUUUGUGUCCAUCUCCGAAGGAAGUGUUCGCGUCGGGAUUCUGCAAUGAUUGCAGCCCCCCCUUGCUGCACAAUUGCGAGCGUGCCUUUCGCGGCAAGAAUGAGCGGGGUGCUGGAAGCUUGUGCUGUGCAGCUCGUGCGCUGCUCGGCAGUUGGAGCAGCCUGGAGCGAGCAGCGCGAGGCCCCUCCUCUCCCGGGCCGGGCCUAGCCCGCCGUCCCAGGCCGUGCAGCCUUCACCUCGACCCGCCCCGCCCCCGCCGUUGCUGUUGCUGUUGGUGCCGCUGCCGGCGGCCUCUCACACUCCCACUCCCACUCCGCCUCAAUGAGCCGCCGCCCUCACACACCCCGUUCGGCUGGCAUGAGGUUAAACCGACCCUCAGCCAAUUGACGUGUCAGAAGAAAGAGUGAUGGCUACACCCCCUGCACCUGGACCAGGGUUGCCCGGAGCAUUUUCUGGACCUCAAGGCCAGGCAGGACGUGAAGUUAAUACAGCUUCUCUCUGUCGAAUUGGCCAAGAGACUGUGCAAGACAUUGUCUCAAGAACAAUGGAGAUUUUUCAGCUUCUAAGAAACAUGCAGCUGCCAAAUGGUGUGUCAUAUCACGUUGCCACCCACCAGGAUAGGCAGGGGAAACUGCAAGAACACCUUCGCCAGCUGUCUGUGCUCUUCAGGAAGUUGCGACUGGUUUAUGACAAGUGCAAUGAAAACUGUGCCGGUUUAGAUCCUGUCUCAAUGGAGCAACUUAUUCCUUAUGUGGAGGAUGAAAGUACAAAACAUGAAGAUCAUAGCUUGGCAAAUCAACUCCGUUUGGCAAGUGAAGAGAGGCGGGAAAUAGUGGAGGUAAAUAAGAAACUUAAACAGAAAAACCAGCACCUGAAGCAAAUAAUGGAUCAACUACGUAACCUGAUUUGGGACAUUAAUGCAAUGUUGGCAAUGAGAAACUGAACCAGGCUACUGAGUCUGUUGUUUAUAUUGAUUGAAUGUAUACGUGUGUUGAUGGUGAUAAUCAGGCCCAGCACCUGCUAAUCAGGUUUGCUGGCUGAAGUCUAUUUCAAAAAGUAAUGCAAAGGAAGGGUGCCUUAAUAUGGAGUGCACAGAAAAAAAAUAUCCAGAGCUGAAGGUCACUUUGUGAACUGUAUAUUAAUUUGAGAAAUGUAUUUAAUGUGUUUGUGCAGCAACUAUCUGGUUGAUGUGGUGGAGGUAUAACACUAAUUCUGAAGGGCAAUAGGACAAGUGCUUUAAAGGAGAAUUUUAACCAUGUGGCAGCUCUAUUUCUGAUCCACAUUCCUGUACUGCGCAACUAACUGCUACAGCAUUAGUGUCUUUACCUUUCUGUCUUUAAUUAGGUUGUGUUUUAUUUUUCUUUUGAGAAUUUGUGUUACAUUUGUGGUUGAGUCUUUUUGUUUCUUGAUGUCCUGAUGUUAGAAUGUCCACUGCUGCUGCCUUUGAAACUGGACAUGUUCCACAAGCUCAAAAUAAUAUUCAACAUCCCUGUACUCAACCAAAGUUUAGAUCCCCAAUGCAUCAAUCCAGACUUAUAGCCUGCCUGACUAUUCUAAUCCAUUUGCUUUGCUUAGAAAUCACUCCAUGGAACAAUACUGUUCCAGUUCAUUCUGCAUAUUGCUUAGAAAUCCCAAUGUUAGGCGGCUUUUUGGAAAUUAGUUGCUUAUUGCCGCUAAGCUACAAAGCUUUAUUUUGAUAACUCAAUAUUUAGCGAAUUUGUUCCAGGGCACUGUAAAAUAUUUUCGAUAAUUUAAGACCCAUUUUAUAAAAUGAUCGCAAGGUUUUUUGAUAAAAAGUGAACAGCUUUAAACAGUUGCAAGUUUGUAAAAAGAAAUUGUAUCCUAAAACUAAAUAUCAUAAGUGACAAGGCAACACAAUCCACACUCAUCAUACACCUCAAGAAUUAGCUCAAGUGGCUUACGAUGGCUGGCUAUUCAGAAAAUACAGUUAUAUUUUCUAAUAUAUAGUUGUAUUUGUAUCCAGGGUCUUAGUUUUUGGACGGCAAAUUAAAGCAUGCCAAUGCUGACACUCCAAGUAGAUUCACGAAGAUAAUCUGAUGAGACUGCUAACGAGUGGGAUCAACACCUCAUCUUUAUCAAGAUAAAACUUGCAUUUAUUAUUGAAAAA